GGCGGGCAGAAGCCGGCAGCGCAGGGAACGAGACAGGCAGCAGAGAGGCGGUUGGAGGGCCUAGGGGUGGCUAGCAGGGCAGCAGGGGCGGCUAGGGGGCCACCAAAGGCGGCGCGCGGGGCUGCAAGGGCAGCUCGCGGGCUGCAGGGGCGAAGGGGCGGGCCGCAAGCGGCGGCGCGCGGGGCCUUGGGUCGACGGGCUGGCCGGGGCCUAGGGGCAACGGGCGCGGGCCGGGGCCUAGGGUCGACUAGGCGCCGGGGCCUAGAGUCGACAGGGCGGGCCGGGGCUAGGCUCGACGGGGCGCGGGCCAGGGCCUAG